UCUCCGACUACUUUGUUGCUGUCGGUGAGCAUUUCUUUCAAGUCUGAGAACUUUAUGCACCAGAAAUCGUUUCCAUGGAAAUGACGCUCAGUGGCGGAAUCUCCCAAAGAGGCCUGGUGUCAAAGCAGAAGGCCUGGAAGAUUUCUUCUAACAAAUAGGAGGAAUGUGGCAUUCCAUUUCAUGCCUUUUUGUCACUGAACUUCUUCGGUUACCUUUUGCUUGCUAUAGCUUUCAGUUAUUUGCAGGAGAUUAUUUCUCUAUUAUUAUUAUUUUGCAAAGGAUGUAUGCGAUUUAUAAACAAACACACCCCCCGACAGGAAUCGAACACUGCGAGUACUGUCAAUUAUUUUUCACCAGCUGAAAAACAAUCGUGUUGUGGCAGGAACAUCACAGCUUCGUAUCAGCGAGUUUUAUACCCAAGGCGAGGUAGGAGACGGGCUCCGUGAAUCGUUUAAUGGGGACUUCAGUUGUUGUACUAUUGAAAAUAUCUCGCUCGAUAUCAGGUGUAGACAUAAAUGCACUAUUAUCUGAAAGCGAAAUUCCCUAGGCAGUUAAACUAUUUCCGACGUCUCUUUUUUUCCUAGUGGUUAAAGGUCUUCUCAGGCUGUCUAGUUGGUACCCAGAAAAGGAUAUAUUGUUUAGGAGGUCAAAUCAAAAUACGUAUAUCAAAUUUCAAAACAAAAUGAUUUGAGGUGAACAAACAACAUGGCGGCUGAGGGGCUGGCAAAGGGAAUUGACUAUCGUUGGUAAAUGAAAUGGCUGUUUUCUCACGCUUUAUUUAUAUGCCUUGGUAUUAAUGCCUUGGGUCUCUACCUUCUGUUUAACUAUUUGGUAAUGUUCAUAUAGCCUUUGGCAAUUAAUUGUUAUUGAACUUUUUUUAUGUAUGAUGUCUUCAUUUUAGCAUAAUUCAACAGGAUCAGCAUCAUCAGACAAGACAGGAGGUCAGUAUUUACUUAAGGUAUCAGCAUUUACUUGGGUUAUCAAGGGUGAGAUGUACUUGUAACAAGCUUUCGUAAGUUAACCUGUAACCAACAAAUAAAUCAGAUUCCAGCCUCAAAGAAAAGCACCAGAUUUGGAAAGUAGAAAGUUGCUCAAAUAUAGAGAGGAAUAUGAUGAAUAUUUCUUGUAACUUAAGCUGGCACACUUGGUGAUUUUUAACACUGAUUGCAGCAAAUUUGAUCCCCCUAAAAAAUGACCAAUAUCUGACAUGCUGUAGAGAUAGAGAUGUUCUCAAGCUUCCAUGUUAUUACUUCCAGGUAGUUUCAUUUUAAUUUUUAAUUUUUUUUUGGGGGGGGGGAUGGUUUGGGAGGGGGGGAUUAGCCCCUGAGGAGACUGUAAAUGUAGGUUUACAUGCAGAUAGUUACCAACAUUUUAAGACAUGUCCACCUUUCAAUGUAAUGGUCAAUUGAAUUGCUCAUAUACAAGAGUUUCACUUUGCAAGAUUGGGUCACCUGUGGUUUACUUUACUUAGAUGGUACUACAAAGAGAAGGAAGUUGGAGCUUGUCAGUCAGUAUUCUUUGUUUGACAACAUAGAAUGUCUUAAAGCUGUUAGGUUAGCUGGAAAGUCAAGGGACUCACUGCUAUUGAGCUUUAAGGACGCCAAGGUAUUCUCUUCUUGAAGUUUAAGCAAUUAAAUAUUAAGUUUGUAGUAAAUAAAAUUAAUGACUGUUUUUUUUGUGGGGGUUUACACAAAUGAGAAGAAUAAGCAUUUUGAGUUGAUUAACCAUUUAACCCCUGUGGGUGACUAAGACAGAAUAUCUUCUUACUAUAUCAAUACAAUAUCAUGCAGACAAGUCAUGAGAUUAAAGAAAAAUAUCAAUGACGGGAUUACUAAUUGAUCCAGUACUAAAUUCUUCAAACUAACAUAAUGAGAAUCAUUUGGCAGACAGUAAGGAGAAUUACUAAUGAAAUCUUGGGAGUUCAAGGAUUAACAUAGAUUCUGUCACUUUUGAAUAAUGAACAAUUCAUAUCUAAAGAAGAAAUGUUCUACAAUUUAGAAUGUUAUUUACAUCAUGUAGUGGAGCUUAAGUUUAUAUAAGGGUCAACAUUAAUUUUGAUAAUUGAUUUGUAAUCAGCCACUGAGAAUUUAAUUAAUUUGCAAGAGAAACCUUAAUAGGCAUGUAACAAUAAAGUAAUAUUUCCAAAAGAUUCAAUUGUCACUCAUUAAAUCCUAAGAUAUUAACAAGACCUGUAUUAAAUUACAUUACUCAUGAGGCACUUUAAAUGAAAUGUAUCAGACGAGAAAGAUUUUCCAUUUUAUGUCAUUGUUUGUUCCACUUUUACUUCUUUGCCAUUGAUUUUAGUAGACUGCGGUAAAAAAGAAAAAUUUCAGUCAAAGCGCACACAUUAGCCUUGAUAUCUAACAUGAUGUGCAAAUGUUUAAAUUUGGAUUCUUUGAAGUGUUCCUUGAUAAGUGUCAUUUUAUUAUGUGUGCAGUUAGCUGUGGUGGAUUAUGAUCUAGGCACUCAUGAUCAGAAGACAAAAAGUUUGCAUUUUAGGAAAUUCUUUUGGGAAAUUUAAACAUGAUGGUUUUCUUUUGUGAUCAACUUAAUGAUACAAAUGACAUAAAAGGGAUUUUGUUAAACUUAAGGCCUGUAAUGCACUUUUAUGCCCACUAGAAAAUAUUUUUUAUAUACAUCAGGAGUUAAACUAAGUACAUUAGGUAGGAAACAGGUAAAAGUCACCUCAUGAAGUUUGUUCUGCCCUUCAUUGGUUUCGUGGUGAAUAUGGAAUGGACAAUAUCUUUCAAGCAGUCCAUUCAAAGUUGGUUUGUACAGCAGUAAAAUUACACACAGACCUGCCAAGAAGGAAGAACAAAUCCAAAAUUUUUGUUUGUAUAAACUGUACUUACCAAGUUGUUCAAGGACCUGAGUAUUUGAAAGUUUUGGGGCCAAAGCCAUCUGUGCUCCAAAACUUGAAAACAACUUGGGUCUGUACAACUUUAUUCAAGUCAUUGUCAUUCCUAAUAUUCCUCCUCUUUAAAUGGCAAUGUGAAUUCACAUGAUCAAUAAUGUGAUGGAUGGUACUUUCCCAAUUUUACAGUCAUUUUUUAUUCCUUGUAUCACACUACAGAGUUGUAAUCAAGAGUAUUUUUGGCCUCCUUUGGUGUGUGGAUCCAGAUCAACACUGUGCAGUGAUGCUUAUCUAUGGUGCACAUAUUGUGGUUUUACUGUUUAGACAAGAAGGAGCAUUAGAGGAACAUGAGCAGGAAGGAACUUUUACAGCAAG